AUGACCCAAGAAGUCCCUACCUUCAAGCUCGUUCUCGUCGGCGACGGCGGUACUGGAAAGACCACAUUCGUCAAGCGCCACCUUACUGGUGAAUUCGAGAAGAAAUACAUUGCUACUCUCGGUGUUGAGGUUCACCCUCUCGUCUUUACCACUAACCUCGGCACAAUCCAGUUCGAUGUGUGGGACACUGCUGGUCAGGAGAAGUUCGGUGGUCUGCGAGAUGGAUACUAUAUCAACGGACAGUGCGGUAUCAUCAUGUUCGAUGUGACCUCCCGUAUCACCUACAAGAACGUUCCCAACUGGCACCGUGACCUCGUCCGUGUCUGCGAGAAUAUCCCCAUCGUCCUGUGCGGUAACAAGGUCGACGUCAAGGAGCGCAAGGUCAAGGCCAAGACCAUCACUUUCCACCGCAAGAAGAACCUCCAGUACUACGACAUCUCCGCCAAGUCCAACUACAACUUCGAGAAGCCUUUCCUGUGGCUUGCCCGGAAACUGGUCGGCAACGCUUCUCUGGACUUCGUUGCCGCUCCUGCCCUUGCGCCUCCUGAGGUUACCGUCGAUGCCCAGCUCAUGGAACAGUACCGGAGCGAGAUGGAGGUUGCUGCCCAGCAGCCUCUGCCCGAUGAGGAGGACCCCGACCUCUAG